AUGUCUUCCACUGCAGCUGCGGCAUCGCUCACAACGGCAGCCUCGCUCUUUGCGGGUCCUGGAAUAGCGACAAACAACACACCUUCAGUCAAUGACAGUGCGUCAUUCCGUCUUGUUCUUGACGGCACUGUUCAGACACUCUCCACCCAAAAUAGACCCGACAAUGGCCCCGUCAGAGGCUUAUUCUUUGUUCCCGGGCUCGACUCUCACGAUCCCUGCAUUAAUACUACCGCCCCAUAUAUUCCAGCGAAUGUCACCCGCUUUGAGGAUGUGGAUAUAUUUGGUUAUCGUACCGUUGGACUGGCGCCGUGGGUAGACGCUAGCUGUACACAGUCCUUCCUCCUUGCGUCUCAGCGCGCCGGGGUCAGUGGACUGGUCUUUUUCGUGCCUUCUAGCAACGAUACCAAACCGCCGCCAGCGGAGGACCCAACGUGGUCAUUGGGGAAUGGGGAUAAAUGGAAGGGGCAAAAUCACUACCCUGUCUAUGCAAUUCCUGGCGUGGCGGGGGCGACUAUCAUGCGUCAGCUGUCGUGGUAUUCGGGAAACUCGAGUCGUUCGGAGAAUACAUCCAUAGAGUCUUCGCAGGACCAGCUAGGCGAGACGCGGUUAUUUGCGCUGAUUGAACUCGAAAAGGAUGAAAAGAAGAUGCCCAGUCUUUGGGGAUUUAUACUUGCCAUCGUAGGAACGGUACUAGUUCUUAGUGUGAUACUGCUUCUUUGCUAUCAGAUCGUGCAGAAGAGACGACGGGAGUCUUUGCAGCGCCGGAUUGAAGCAGGAGAAGCAGAUGUCGAGCACCUGGGCCUACAUCAAGUGAAAGUGCCCCAGGAAGUUCUCGAUACGCUACCGGUGUACACGUACCCGGAUCUCAAUGCUCUCAGUGACAGCGAUUCCAAUUCUCAGGCGAGCAAUGAUAGCUCCAUGCAUACAAUUGACAAGGUACAAGACCAUGCCGAAUCACUGGGGGACGAGACGGAAACAAGGAAUGAGGAACUACCUGGAGAACAAGAGGGAGAGAAAGGACCUCAGGAAAAGGAAGAGACCCAUGGAACAGAGGAAGAGUCGCAGCUCCAGAGGGAUAUAUCAACAGACAGUCCACAGCAACCACAGUCGGCCGCCACGCUAUCCAGAACGAAACGACUCAGCCACUCCCAAACCACCUGUGCAAUCUGCCUCGACGACUUUGUGCCAGGAGUUGCGGUUGUGCGCGAGCUCCCAUGUGGCCAUCUCUUCCACGUCGCGUGCAUCGACACAUCUCUGACACAAAUUAGCAGUCUGUGCCCGUUGUGCAAAAAAAGCGUAAUCCCUCCAGGAAGCCAUCUUGUCCCGGUGACGAACCGAAUGGUCCACCUGGAUUACAUGCUACGAAGGGCGCAAUGA